GGCGAGACUUGUGGCCACCCGGCGUCUCUGAGCCACAUAGCUGUAUCUUUUCAAUAGACUGCAAGUUAACGGCACAAAAACAUCGGGAAAACGACCUAUCCCAAAACAGUCAGUAGAACAACAGCCUUGUUCUUUCGCUCUCUGCAGUGCAUGAGCUCCGUGUGAACUCUGCAACACGCGAUGCUGUGGAGGUAUUUUACCAGACGCUCAGGAUACUGACCUCAUCCCGUCACCGCGUCCCGCCUCACCGGCAUCGAACUACGCUGAAAAUGCCGGUAAACGGAGCUGACUGAGUCCAGUGGAAUUACUGCGAGGACGUUUUGCUGUCAGGUGAACUCUCCGGGUGUUUUAGUGGAGAGAGAGCUGUGUUUGGAGGCUAACUGACCGCUGGGCGCUUUUGCUUUCAUAGCCGGCUGAAAUGGAGGGACAAGUGACGUGGUAGUGAGCGCCGGUGUUCACCAGCGGCCUGUGGUGCUUCUCUCUCAGCGGUUCACUGGGCGGUCUGGACCGGGGCAGCACGGACAGAGGGCCCGACACUCAUGAUGCACCAGCACGGCUCUUUGAUGGCCCCUUUGCUCGGCGAUGUGUUCUGCCAGUGCCGCUCAGCAGAGAGCCAUCCAGGGGUCGACCCAGGCGGCGGAGACAGCCGCGCCGAUGACCGCUCCUCAGCUUCAUCUACACCAGUCAGCCGACAGCCCGCCGCCAGUGACCGGCUGCCGGACCUCGGCCAGUCCGAGCAUCCAUGUGACAUCUGUGGAGGGCCGGAGCAGGAGCACAGGCUGAAAGUGCUGUUCCAGGUCCUGGAUGUGAACGGGGAUGGAGGCAUCUGUGUCAACGACUUGACGAUCGGGCUGAAGAAAUUAGGAGUUCAUCGGACUGAACAUGAGCUCAGGAAAAUAGUGAAAGCAGGAGACAAAGACCUGGACGGACAGUUAGACUUUGAAGAGUUUGUUCAUUACCUAAGAGACCACGAGAAAAAACUGCGGCUGGUCUUCAAGAGUCUGGACAAGAAGAAUGAUGGCCAAAUCGACUCACAAGAAAUCAUGCAGUCUCUUUGUGACCUGGGAGUGAACAUCUCGGAGGAACAGGCUGAGAAGAUUCUCAGAAGAAUAAGGAGGGGUCAUAUCUGGGCCCCUAUCUUGUAUAUGGAUAAAAAUGGCACCAUGACAAUCGAUUGGAACGAGUGGCGGGAUUACCAUCUGCUGCAUCCAGCAGGCAACAUUCCAGAGAUCAUCCUCUACUGGAAACACUCCACAAUCUUUGAUGUUGGGGAGAGUAUGAUUGUGCCUGAUGAAUUCACAGCAGAGGAAAAGAAAACUGGAAUGUGGUGGCGACACCUAGUGGCCGGAGGAGGAGCUGGCGCAGUUUCUCGAACCUGCACAGCACCACUGGACAGACUCAAAGUGCUAAUGCAGGUUCACGCCUCCAAGAGCAACAGCAUGCGUAUUGCUGGUGGCUUUUCCCAGAUGAUCCGAGAGGGUGGUGUGAGGUCACUGUGGCGAGGCAACGGCAUUAAUGUGAUCAAAAUUGCCCCCGAGUCUGCUAUUAAGUUCAUGGCCUACGAGCAGAUUAAACGACUGAUUGGAAGUAACCAGGAGACGCUGGGCAUCACAGAGAGGCUGGUGGCUGGCUCUUCAGCAGGAGCAAUCGCUCAGAGCAGCAUCUAUCCCAUGGAGGUCCUGAAGACACGCUUAGCUCUGAGGAAGACAGGUCAGUACUCCGGCAUCUUGGAUUGUGCCAAACAUAUCUUCCAGAAGGAAGGAGUGACUGCUUUCUAUAAGGGCUACAUUCCCAACAUGCUGGGCAUCAUCCCCUACGCUGGCAUCGACCUGGCUGUCUAUGAGACACUGAAGAAUUCCUGGCUGCAGCGCUUUGCCACAGACAGUGCUGAUCCAGGAGUGUUUGUGCUCCUGGCUUGUGGCACCACUUCCAGCACAUGUGGUCAGCUGGCCAGCUACCCACUGGCCCUCGUCAGGACUCGAAUGCAGGCACAAGCUACCCUGGAAGGAGGCCCUCAGAUGAGCAUGUCGGGCCUAUUCAGACAUAUCAUAAGGACUGAGGGGCCCACGGGGCUCUACCGAGGACUGGCACCCAACUUCAUGAAGGUCAUUCCGUCUGUCAGCAUCAGCUAUGUAGUCUAUGAGUACCUCAAGAUCACGCUGGGGGUCCAGUCAAAGUGAGGGGAAAGGCAGACAGAAGAUAUCAAAAGGCCAAAGGUUGUUUUUUGUUUUUGUUUUUUUUGCUUCUUCUUUGACGAUCGACUAUGUGUUGCUGUAAGACACAGGCAGCUGAAAUUCUGCACAUUUCAAUCAAAUGAUCAGACUGCAUGGAAUGAAGGAUAAAGCUGAGAUGAAGAAAAAAACCUGGAAGAAGGAAAGAUUGACUGAAGUAUCUAUUGGUUGUUUUUUUGUCAUUUACUUUAGUCAUCCAGCAGUGCUUUUAACACCUGUGAGUCUUAGUUUCAAAAGACAAAAGUUUACAGUGAAUGAAUGAUGCCCUAGUAGUGUGUGCUUGCUGGUGAUAAUGUUACGUCUGGAGCAGCUCUGCUUGUCUGUGUAAAGGAAAAAUACUUGUCUUGAAGGGCUUUGCUAAGGCAUAUUACUUCCCAUCUGGAAGACUUGCUACUGGCAUCCAAAGUACACUGGCUCUACACAAAACCCAUGAGGAUAUGACUUCCUCAGGUUUUGUGCAAGUAAUAUGCAUCUUUAUGUAGAUUUAGAUGUGAUCCACAGCUGUGCUCUGUGUAACAAGGUCAGCCCUGACCAGUAGCAGACCAAAUGAAAUCAUGAAAUUCAUGCAAAUACAUUCAGCUUGUAGAUGAAGAACCACCUUAGUGCCGUCAUUUAUCCUUACUUCUGUUACCUUGCAUGAAGGUUCUGGCAGAACUCUUCAAGUCCCAGCAUGCAGUGCAUAGUCCUCCUACAGACGAGCACAUAAUAUGCCAUGCACAUAGAAACUAUUCAAUUAUCAAGCAUAAUUUUAUCUGACACAUUGAGAAAAUGGAACUAAAUUGUUUGCAAAUAUUUACUUUUUUUUUUUUUUUUUUUUAAUUUUGCUUCGUUGUCCCCAGAGGAUCUUUACCAUUACCAAAGCUCUCAUAAGGCCUAAAUGUAAAUUUUUCAGAAGCAUUUGGUCCUGAAAGAGCUCAAACGCAUCAAUACUUCCAAAACAGUUUGACUCACCUCUGUAAUGCUGCUACUUCUGUGCUACUUCUGAGGACCUGAAAGUAGCACAGCUGUCAUGUUGUUUUUAGUUCCAUUCAGCACUUUAGUCUUUUAGGGUGUCAGGAGCAUUGCGGCUAACUAGGCAGUUUUUAAGAGCGAGAGAAAAGAUGUUAAUUUAGGUUUAACUGUGCUUCUUUUUAAAAAAAAAAAAAAAUCUAUGAUUUGAAAUGCAAAGCUGCAAGUUUGAUGCUGUCUGAGCUGUCAUGCAGUCAGACAUAGUACACUGUGAUAGUCCUUAAUGCAGAUGUGUAGAAUUUGUGGAUUGAGUUUUGGCUUAAACACAACUACUAAAUAAUUUCUCCACCUUCAACAUUUUAAGCAAGAUGAUGUAACUUUUACUGGACAACAGGCACAAGAUUCACAAGUGGGUUACAGUAACCGUCCGUGAACUCAUGUAGCUGCGUAGUGUUACAUCUCACUGGCUAUGCUGACUUUGAAAUGCUGGUGUAGCAGAGCUUACAGCACAACUGCUCUCAUUAACCUCAAUGUGGGUUCAUUUUGUUAGACGUGUACUAAACCUAAAGUAGUGGUUUUGUCAGCGGCGCAUCACCUACUAUGCUGAUUAACAUUAUAGCCUACAUGUCAUAUGUGAUCAGAUGUUAAAGGACAGAUAAAUGUGAACAGCUACAUGGUGGAUUUGGCUGCAGUAAAUCACAGUUUAGGUGAUAACAAAAAUGCAAGCAAGAAAAGCUACUUUUGCUGUGUAUAUGUACAGGCAAAAUUAGUCACUAAUAAAAUGGAAUAUUAUUUUAUCUUAAUCUUAAGCCGAUUAAUAAUGCAUACAGGCCUUUACAUAACUUCACAAGUAAAUUUGACACAGAAAGGCUCCCAUUGUGGAAAGGAGACUGCAGGGAAAAUAGCAGUGGGUGAUCGGCCACAACAGAGCUGGAACAGGAUGCUACUGUAAAGACGUCAGUUAGACAGCUUUAAAGAAUGUGAUGUCACCAAACAUAAAUAACAACAUGUCUCCUAUUUAAAUCUCCUAAUAAUAUCCGUGAAAUGUUUAUCUGUGAACUGCUAACAUGUAGAGCAACAGCAGCACGUUAAUCACUGUGGAUCUGACAAGGCCGUUGGUUCGAUGUGAAGAUAAUAGAAUAAUUGCGCAGAAUUAUGAGUCAGUCGUUGGGCAUUUACCUGUAAUGUGAGUGACAGCAACGGGAAGAAGGGCAUAAACCACAAAAGAAACACUGAUACGUCAGAUGAGGUUGUAAUAGUGAGAGGUUUAUAAGCAGCAGCAGUUAGCCAUAGAAGAGAUAGAUGCUUGUGCAGUGGAGAACUUUGACUACAAACUAGGGGCUGAAUGGUCUGUAUUUUCGGCCAUGGUGUGAAAUGGUUACAUCACAGAAAAUGCGAUGUGAAAUAGGGCAAACUUUAAUUUUCCUUGGCCCAUCUACAAAAGAAAUCUGAUCAUUUACUCCAAUUUGAGGGUUCUUGGUCACACAGUUUUGUUUUCUUUAUUUCUUUAAAAGACAUGGAGUUUGUUGACAUGCAGACUCCACAUAAGCACAGCAAAAUGAGCGAGGAACAGGAGACAAACACUAAAAAGGAAAAUUCAGUUGGCAAAAAGAAACACAAUGUAAUCCACAGUCAACGUCCAUUUUCAGUCCACAUCUUUUUAAAGCCUUUUCAAAGUAAUUUUUCGUCACCUAUCCUACAGUAACUGAGUGGAGACUAGAGGCUUCUCUGUGUGCAGCAUCCUAACUAGCUUCUACUGUAGCCUGCAUGUGAGGCGUUGAGGAAACGUGCCUAAAUCGUAGUGUCAAUCGAUAAGCAGAUGUACAGCAAGUGAGGAGUUCCGAGAACGGUUUAAUUUAUAUGUAGUUUCUAGGUGACGCUCUGAAUUCAGGUGAAGAUUGUUUAACAUCUUAUUUUGGUGCUGGUUUGUAUAUUAGCAGGAAUGUUGUACAACAUGGAAGUACAAGCAGCACUCUAUUAAAAUGUGACAAUGCAAAAUAAAUGAAAAUUAGUGAUAAAUAACAGAGAUCUUUAUAUUGCUCAAAAUAAUCCUGAUUAUUGUUUUGGCCAUAAUCAUUCAGCCCUUGUCGGUUGUACUGAAUUAUUUUGGAUGUGUUUGCCAGUGUUACACCAUUGAGAAAUUACUUUUUUCAGGUUUUGUAAAGCAAUUUAUAUCAUAGACAAAGAAAAUAUCAUUUUUUUUCCCAAUAUCAUGCAGCCCUACGUUGACAUCAGAAGUGGUUAUAAUAGUUUUAUACCCCUGCAGUUAAGAACUUAAGGAUAUAAUAACUAAAAAGUCUGAUUUCUAGUCAGAAUAGUGGAAAUUUCCAAUGAACACCUUUUCUUCAGUAUGUAAGAAGGGAACAUGUGCUCUGAUUUUACUGUCAUGUCAACCAGAGAAGGCUCAACCCUUAGGCCCAGUUAAUACUGAUUUACCCAUAACACAUUAUUAAAUGCUUGUUCUUUAUGUAUUUUUGCAUGUGUGUUUAACAGUGUUAAUUUGCAAUAGUACUGUAGCAGAGAACCUGUGUGAGACUCAUCAGAUAGUAAAUACCUGAAGCAAAACACCUCUAAUAGCUGAAGUUGAGACUGGACAUUCUGUCCAGAUGUAUUAGAACUACAGCUUUGGAAAUAAUUAUUAGACCUCUGUGUUUGCUGUCUCUGGCUUUGCGGUUCCUUGGUGGAACAUACUGUGUUUUGUUCUGGUAAGGAAAGGAAACUGAGCCAGUCACCAAUGGCACUCUUGCUGUAUCCCUCUUCAUCAUUUGUCAGCAUUGUUGUGAUAAUUUAGUUUGGUUUACCUGUUGACUUACAGCUUACACAGAAAAUAAUGGUGAUUUUAAAACUUGUUUUUGGCCAUCUAGUGUGAAUUCUGAGUUUUUUAAAUAUUUCAAUACAUCAUAUUUUUAUAUAUAAUUUAUUUUAAGUAUUAAAUGAUACUUUUUUCAGGUCUUUUAGAAGAUGCUAUGAUUAUUUUCCCUCUAUGAUCAACUUCAAACACAAGGAUCUGUGUUAUAGGCCUGUUGUGUAGACUUUGUAAAGAAAACAAUAUGUGGUCUAAUAAUUGUUUCUAAAGCUGUACAUUUACUGCUCUAAAUAUAAAUGUGUCCAGAGACACCACAUGGAGUUACUCUCUUCAUCACACUGAUGUUUUCUGCUUUGAUACAGUGUCUUUGCUGUAGUAUAGAGUUUCCAUAUUUCAGAAGUUAGUCCUGUCAGCCAACGACUGUACAGAAGCUUCACCUCUGUUCUUCCUUUUUUUUUUCUCUGUAAUGAAUCAUUUGCCGCCUUUAAAACAGUUAACUGUCCUGUUAGAUUCAUAUGAGCUGUCACAAUAGCUGCUGAUUGUAUUACAGGUUAAAUGUUUUUAGAUGUCAGCACAUUUUGUUCGUAGCUUUUGUUUGAAAACACUCCUUAAAGACGUGAUGUCCAAGCCGAAGCAGCGCUGCAGCAGACUGAUGAUGCCUGUGUCUAAUGAUCACAAAUCCCAUGAGUGCCUUUGUGUGCCGACUCUCUCUUUACAUAAAUGAGGUGGAGUCUGAUGGACACUGAAUGCACUUUAAGGCACUCUGCUUGAAUCCUUUUUAAUUAUUUAUUACCGUGUUUAUUUAUUUAUUUAUUUCAUCAGAAAAGGAUGAAUGAUUGAAUUUGUGAUCUUUGGUUGUGCUGAAUAAUUUCAUAUUCAUUGGUGUCAGAGUACGCUGUGUUAUUGCUGACACUGAGGCUUGUGGUUUGUCUUCAAAUAAUAAAAGUGACUUUGACAUGGUUUCAAACUGAAAGCCUCGCAGAUAUGAAACCCCAAAGUGUUCAAAAUGUAACAAAUAUUAUAAAAUUCAUGAUAAACUAUAAAAUGUCUAAAAUAUACAAUAAAAUCCAUUGAUUCAUUUUAA